UCUGGGAAACUCAUUGAAAUGGAGAUUUUGAAGUAGAUUUGCACUAAUAACUUAUUAGCCUCUAGAGACGGGCCUACUGUGAGCUACGAUUGGUCCAUCAGACUAACUUAUAAAUAAUCAUGAUUAACAGUGGAAUUUGUGAUGGGAAACUACAUCACCCAGAAGGCUCUACUGAAAAUACCAAUCAGAGGAAUAUAUAUAUGUGUGUGUGUGUACAGUCAAACCAAACAUUAUUCAGACACCAGAUAUGUUUUUAUAUGUUUGUACUAGAGGGUGUGGGAUACUAUAGUUAAUUUAGUUCGUUUAGUAAUUAGUGUGAGUAAGGAGAGCAAAAUAAAGGAAACUUACAUAUUAUACCCACAUUUUCUUAUACAACAUCUGGGACCAAAAAUGAUUCGGACACUUUGAGCUGAUGAUGUUCUGCAGAAGUGUGUGUUCUCGUUGUCAUUUACGGCACCUCUGAAGCCAUUCGUCAAAGAUGCUGGAUGUCAUAUUUCACUGUUUCUGAAAUGUGUGUGUGUGUGAGACACAUCUGAAGGACGGAGAUCCACCAUUCGCUUUAAUAAGCAUGUCAGUGCUCUCGCUCCUGCGCUCUCCGCGCCUCUCCUUCCUGCAGACACUGCUGUCUCUGCUGCUGUCGCUGCUCUCGCUCUCCUCCUCGUACUGGUGCGUGGGCCAGCAGAAGGUGCCCAAGCCGCUGUGCUCGCCCGCCCGCCGCCUCAAGUGCACCCCGGUGUCUGGCGUGAUGGACGGCUCCUUCUCCUGGGAGACUGGCGACGAUAGCUUCAUCUUCCCCACCUUCCAUGCGGGGCUCUGGACCACCUGCCAGGAGAACAUCUUCACCGACGCCUUUGACGAGAAGUGUCGCAGUUUCAUGGCCCUAACUCCUGAAUCUGAGAAAGGGAUCGUGUGUCUGUACGUGGGGAUGGAGCUGCUGUAUGUGGGGCUGUUGUGUGUCAGUUCUCUGCUCCUGAUGCUCCAGUUGUGUGUGUCGAACUGGUUUCCUCAUCAGCAGCGCUGCGCUCACUUACUCAACGCCUUCGCCGCCGUCUGCACGGUCCUGGCAGGGCUGGUUGGGAUGGUGGCACACAUGAUGUAUAUGCAGGUGUUCCAGGUGACGAUCUCUAACGGCCCUGAAGACUUCAGACCUCACAGUUACAGAUACUCAUGGGCCUUUUAUGUGGCGUGGGUGGCCUUCACCUGCUGCAUGUCCUCCGGCGUGUCCACGCUCAACAGCUACACCAAGACCUUUCUGAUGGUGGGGCCGAAGAACCGGAGUGUGUUUUACCCCUGCAGGAACUUCACCUUCCCCCAGCAGCCGCCGUCGCUCUCGCCUCUGUCUCCGUACUUCAGCGCUCUGCUGCCGCCCCCUCCGGCCUGCCCCGCCCCUCACUCGCCAUGCCCCGCCCCUCGCUCAACACUUUCACUUGGUCCCACCCAUAUCCUGUCAUGCCCCGCCCCUCACAGCCCCACCCCUCGCUCACCAUGCCCCGCCCCUCGCUCUCCAUGCCACGCCCCUCUCCCACAACUGUUACUUGGCCCCGCCCCUCGCUCUCCAUGCCACGCCCCUCUCUCACAACUGUCACUUGGCCCCGCCCCUCUCUCCCCAUCGCUCUCUCUUUUGUCUCCUCUGAGUUUUGUGUCGGAGUGUUCGGAGGAGUUCAGCCCGCUCUGAUCUGCUCAUCUGUCCUGUUUUGAUCUAUUUAACAGUCCCUCCAGGUGACUGAUUUUGUGGUGGUAAUUUCCAAAAAUUUGUGAAAAAAUUUGCGAUUUACAUUUAACAUUUACCA